UUGGGUGGGCGGGCCUCCCGGCUGUCACCGCGAUGAGGAGGCGACGCCGUCGUCGCCGCCGCCGCCGCCGGGCCGCUCCGCGGUUCGCCCCUCGGGGGCUGUGAGGAGAGGCCGGGCCCUCCCGCAACUCCCGACCCCUGGGCGGUACCAACAUGGAGUGCUAGCGGCUGAAACGAGGGCCCUGCGUUCCACAAUGCCCGUGCAGGCCGCCCAGUGGACGGAGUUCCUGUCCUGUCCCAUCUGCUAUAAUGAGUUCGACGAGAACGUGCACAAGCCCAUCAGCCUCGGCUGCUCCCACACCGUCUGCCAGAGCUGCCUGAGUAAACUGCACCGCAAGGCCUGCCCUUUCGACCAGACCGCCAUCCACACUGACAUCGAUGUGCUUCCCGUCAACUUUGCGCUGCUCCAGUUAGUGGGAGCCCAGGUGCCCGACCGCCACGCUCUGCAGCUGAGUAACCUUGGAGAAGACAGGCACUACGAGGUGGCGAAGAAAUGUGUGGAAGAUCUGGCCCUUUAUUUAAAGCCGCUGAGCGGAAGUAAGGGUGUGGCUAGCUUAAAUCAGAGCACGCUGAGCCGGCCGAUGCAACGGAAGCUGGUGACCCUGGUGAACUGCCAGCUGGUGGAAGAAGAAGGCCGCAUCAGGGCCAUGCGGGCAGCUCGCUCCCUCGGGGAAAGGACCGUUACCGAGCUGAUCUUGGCGCACCAGAACCCUCAGCAACUCUCGGCCAAUCUCUGGGCCGCUGUCCGGGCCAGGGGGUGCCAGUUCCUUGGGCCGGCUAUGCAGGAGGAAGCCUUGAAACUGGUCCUGCUGGCGCUGGAAGACGGCUCGGCCCUCUCCCGCAAAGUCCUGGUGCUGUUUGUGGUCCAGCGCCUGGAGCCCAGGUUCCCUCAGGCGUCGAAAACCAGCAUCGGCCAUGUGGUGCAGCUGCUCUAUCGGGCGUCCUGCUUCAAGGUCACCAAGAGGGACGAGGACUCCUCCCUGAUGCAGCUGAAGGAGGAAUUCCGCAGCUACGAGGCCUUGAGGAGGGAGCACGACGCGCAGAUCGUCCACAUCGCCCUGGAAGCCGGUCUGCGGAUUUCUCCCGAGCAGUGGUCCUCCCUCCUCUACGGCGACCUGGCCCACAAAUCCCACAUGCAGUCCAUCAUCGAUAAGCUCCAGUCUCCGGAAUCGUUUGCGAAAAGCGUGCAGGAAUUAACCAUUGUUCUGCAGCGAACAGGGGACCCCGCUAACCUCAAUCGGCUGCGUCCCCAUUUGGAAUUCUUGGCUAACAUAGAUCCUAAUCCAGAUGCAGUGUCUCCAACAUGGGAGCAGCUGGAAAAUGCCACGGUGGCCGUUAAGACUGUGGUGCGUGGCCUUGUGGAUUUCAUCCAGAACCACAGCAGAAAAGGGCCCGAAAUUCCACAGCCGCAGCCGAACAGCAAAUAUAAAACCAGCCUGUGCCGCGACCUCAGACAGCAGGGCGGGUGUCCGCGCGGAACCAACUGCACCUUCGCUCACUCGCAGGAGGAGCUGGAGAAGUAUCGGUUAAGAAACAAGAAAAUCGGUGCCGCCACCACGAGACCCUUCCCUCUGCUUGGGAAAGCCAGCAUCACAAGCGCCAUCCCUCCUACCGCGGGGAAUGUCAUUUCCAUCAUAGGAAACACAGACCCGGUGGGAAAGGCAGCAUCCAGCACCAACAGGAGCCCCAGCCCAGAGAGCAUCGGCCCCCAGCUGAUUCCCCGUUGUAUCAACAGCCCUUCGUUACGGACUCUGGAGCACAUGAAGAAAGGGGGGAAGGCCAUGGCGAAUGGCCAGAACCCCACUUUGUCUCCUAAUGAGCCUCUACCUGAACAUCAAACCGGCUCCUCUCUGAAAACGCCUGUGAACCAGACCUCAGCUACCUCAGCAGGCCCCGUUCCUCCUCCCCCUCCUCCUCUUCCUCCCUCCCCUGCCCUUGCGGGCAGCGAGAUAAGCCCCCUCGCUCCCAAACCCAGCCCUUUCACCGCUCGCCUGCCCAUCUACCCGGCUCACUCGGAGAGCCUUCCCUAUUUCCAGGAUCCUCGGGCUCACCUCUCCUACGAAGCUCCACCUUACCCUCAAACAGGAUACUAUCCAGGCCCCCCGGUCGUCCCCGCGGCUGUGCCGCCCUGCCUCCCCCGCUUUGUGAGGUCCAGCAGCAUCUCGGAAUCCCCUCUCCCGUCGGCCUCUGUACCGUAUAGUGAGCAUUACAGCACAUUUCCUGCUCGGGACAGACUCACCACUGCUUACCAACAGGCCCCGCCGCAGCCAGCCUACGGACCGGUGCCGCCGGUUCCUUCCGGGAUGUACGCUCCAGUUUACGACAGCCGGCGUAUCUGGCGACCGCCGAUGUACCAGAGGGAUGAUAUCAUCCGGAGCAAUUCCUUACCUCCCAUGGAAGUCACCCAUCCCUCCGUCUAUCACAGCUUUCUGCGGGAAAGAUACGGCUCUUUGGACAGCUACUAUUCUGUGCCCUGCCAGGUGCCAGCGGAGCAGAGGGCCAUCCCUUGGGCAAAGGAACCUUGUGGACAUCUGAAGCCGACCUACGAGGACCCUCUCAGAAAGAAGCCAGAACAGUGGGCUCCUUGCCACAUUCCGAAAAUGCCCCUGGUGACAACAUCCACGGUUCCUGCAGCCACACCUUCUCCGUCAUCCCCUUCCCCUCUCUUCUGUGUGGACUUCAGUUCUGAAUUCAGCGAGAACUCCAGCAGCUCAAGCGACACCAAGUAUGAAGAUGGGCAGCUGUGCCAGUACUCGCCCUGGUCCUGCAGCACCAUCAGUUCGUGCAUCAGCGCGGUUGAGGCUGAACCGAAGGACGUCCUGGCUAAAUCCACCACAAUCCUCCUAGAUCUGGACAGCGGAGACCCCAAGAGGCCGGCGGCGUACCUCUUUGAAACCCAGAGGAAAGCCAAGGAGGAAGACCCCAUCAUCCCUUUUGGCGACGGGCCAAUCAUUUCCAAGUGGGGCGCCAUCUCCAGGUCAUCGCGGACCGGCUACCACACCACGGAUCCUGUCCAGGCAACUGCUUCCCAAGGAAGCACUACCAAACCCAUCAGCAUGUCAGAUUAUAUCCCCAGCAUCAGCUCGGUGGACUUGAGGUGGAGCUGCUAUGCGUCCGAUUCGACUUCCUCGGCACCUUUCCUAGAACGGGACCAGUUUGUCGCUCCCGGGGAAUCCGCUCCCAAAAAGCACUCGAGCACCGGAGACCUCCUGAGCACUGAAUUACAACAGGCCAAAAGUAACUCAGUGCUGCUCCAGAGAGAGGCCAAUGCCCUGGCUACGCAGCAGAAUUGGGACUCCCUGAGCGAAGGCAGUGCCCUCACCUUAAAGCUUUUAAGCAAGGAAAUGGAGCUGAGGAAUGGCCAGGCCGACUCCCCCGAGGACAGCAUGGGCGCCAAGUCUAACCGAGACAUUGAACUGGAACUUUCGUCGCUUGACACGGAGGAGGCCGAGGGGCCGGGAGAGCAAAUGGAAGAGAUGCUGGGCCUGCAGCUUGGCACCAAUGGUCAGAACGAUAACCUCUUCAGUGGGUCAGCUCUGGAGAAUGGUCACCCAUCGGAGCAGCCCCCAAUGGACAUCAGGCAGGCCAAGAGGCCUUUCCUGCAUGAAGAACUUGCUCUUUUGGAGAAACAGAAGGGAGUCGUGCCGGCCGCGUCCUGCUUCAGCCAACCGACGGAGUCCUCUGCAGGCAGCAGGAUCUCCCUGCCCAUCAUGACAUCGUCGGCUGGCAUGCGCAGCCUUCUUCUCAAAACAGCCCAUGGCAUCGUGGAAGGGCAGAAUGACUUUUUAAGGCCGAUUUCAAACGGCAAAAUGGUGAACACAUGAGAAGUUGCUUGGCUUUCACGCUGCUGACCAUGCUCAGAAGCGGUUUAACUUUGUUUUGGUCCCUCUCUCUCUCUCUCUCUCUCUCUUUCUCUCUCUCUCUCUCUCUCUCUUUCUCCCUCUCUUGGAAAGAAAAUCCUUUCCUGUGGACAUUUUGAUACAUCGGACUCUUUUGUGUCUUCGGGAUAACACAAGCGAGAAAAGUGACAGAGCCAGACAGCACCAGCCGUGUGGAAUGUGGAGGUGUUUUCCCUUUAAAGUGGUUUUUCAGUGAGGUUGUUAGACACACACACACACACACACCCCUCCCAAGUCAGGGGUCUCCAACCUUGGUCACUUUAAGACUUGUGGACUUCAACUCCCCGAGUCCACAAGUCUUAAAGUGACCAAGGUUGGAGACCCCUGCACCAAGUCAUUCUUGUUUUGCGAUGCCUUUUGUAGAGAAGCAUCCAAAACUAAAGUCAGUCGCUUCAGGGGAAAUGUUGUGGCUCGCAGGAAUUGUCGUAAGUUGCUUUGUUCGGAGAAGCACUUGGGAGGAAAGAGAGGGCAUGAGUAUGAUCCCCACACAAGCUUUGCAACUGGUACGUAGCAAAGGGUCACUCCUUCCCACCCUGCCGUACGGCUUCCCCUUCUCUUUGGCAGCUUGGCCUUUCUUGGCCAUUGAGGGACUUCUCCCGUAUACAAAUCGAUCGGUAACGAAGCCAAAUCAAGUGCCUGGGUUUUAUUUCCCCCACUUAACGUACUUGGUUCUUUCUUGCUCAAAGUUUGUAAGCGGGAAUCACGGCGUUCGGUGACAGCCUCAGCACAUGCGUGGCGAGAACGCUGUCAAUCCCUCAGCCCCUCGACCCAGCUUCCCCGCUUGGCAUUCAAUGCCUCCCCAAUUAUUCUCUGCAAAAUAAUCGACACAGCUAAAACCCGUGUUUGUUCCCCUUUCUCUUCGUUAAAAACACACGGUUGAUUAGCAGUCCUUUAGAUCAGGGGUCUCCAAACUUGGAAACUUUAAGACUUGUGGAAUUCUGGGAAGUCCACAAGUCUUAAAGUUUCCAAAUUUGGAGACCCCUGCUUUAGAUGUUCCUGAUAUUGAGUCAGCCAUCUUACUGCUGAGAAUGCUAAUAUUGAGAUUUGUUAGUGAUUUCACUCCGAUGAUAUCUUGAAGACUUCAUGAUGUAGCUUGAGCUGGGCUUGUACAGAACAAGGGGGGGGGGGAGAUAAGUCCUCUUUAAAAUGUGAUUUUUUUAAAAAUUAUUAUUAUUAUUUGAAAACCAUAGAGCUCUAAAAUUGGACCAUUCUCCCCUACGACCUCUUAGCUGUGUUCUUUUCCCUCUUUAAUAAAUUCAGGCUGCUUCUGCAGAGCAAGGUAAGAUAACUUAAGCUAUCGGGUAAGAACAUUCUAUCGGUCCUCCUCUGCAGCUUCCUUUUUUUUUUAUAAUUUUUACAUUUUUCUUCCUUUUUCUGGUUUUUUUUUUGUGUUUUUUUUUGUUUUUUUAAGAAAAUGUUUGUUAAUUAACUUCUGUGAAGUUGUUUAACUUUGGAAAUCGUACUGGAAUAUUUUAGCCAAGCAGCCCUUUCACCAGGGUGUACUAUAUUUACAUAUAUAUCUAUAUAUAUAUACUUGUAUAUAUAAAUAUAUACAAGGGCUCAUCCUUCUAUCAACUGGGUGUUGAAAGAAAACAUUCAAAACUGAUCAUGUUGUUGGCAGAAUAAAGCUGGUAAUUGUGGCAUCACAAUGGUUUUUAUGCUCACAACAUUGUGGCAUUCCUCUGCGGGUUACAGCUCUAACUUCGAUCAUUGGUUAAAAACAAAAUCUCAACUUCUGAUCUAUAGUGUCAUUUGGAAAAACUACGUUGUACACAGGGAUUGAAAAAUGCAAAGACUACUUUGUAUUGAUAAUUCCAGCAAUGUUGUAAAAAAAUUUUUUUUUAUCUGCUAAUUUAAUAGUGAGGUGCAAAAAGGCUAUUUCUAUACCAGCCAAAUUCCUUCCCUUGGUUUCCUAACAGUUCCCAAAGUUUUCCUUUCUUACCGUAGCUCUUAAACUCAAGGGAAUUAAAAAUCAAGAUUUAUUUUUUUUUGGUUACGUAUCUCACACUGAAGGCAAAAUGAUUUUUCCAAAAAGAGAAGGAUUGGGGGAAAAAAACUCUGCAUUGCUAGUUUGUUAUUAAAAUAGAAGGUUGGAGCGGUCCUUAUUUUUUGUCCCAACAGAAAUAGCCCUUUUGUAAAAUUGAGUGCCACCAGUUGUUAGCACAGUCUGAGGAUCCAAUGUGCGUUACCUGAGCAGAUCGUCUGUUUUUUAGCCAUUAACGUGUUUCGGUUUUUGCCGGGUUGCUUUUUAACGAACUGUGUUUUCUUUCUCAGGACUUGGCUAUUUGCAAUCCAUUGUUUACAUAACCAUUGUCUCUUUCUCUGGUGCGUCACAGUCAGAAAGCUCCCCUUCAGCUGGGUUUGUUCCUAAGAUAUCUAGGGUCAUCUUCGUCAUCAUUUAACGACCCCAUAAUCCCUUGCGGGGUAGACUCUGGGCCUGGGGUUUCCAACCUUGGUCCCUUUAAGACUUGUGGACUUCAAGUGCUGGCUGAGGAACUCUGGGAGUUGAAGUCCACAAGUCUUAAAGGGACUAAGGUUGGAGACCCCUGCUCUGGGCAACCUGAAUGGAGCUAGCAGAGUGUUUAAUGGCCAGAUGUCCUUCUUGCCACCAGAUGCUCUUUUUUAUGUGUGUGUGUGUGUGUGUGUGUGUGUGUGUGUGUGUGCUUUUUCAACCCAACCUUGGCAUCUUGCUCUGUGAUCCUGUGGGUUGUUUGUUUGUUCGUUUGUUUGUUUGUUUUCAGUUGAGCGCUGAUUGUGACUUAAUAGCAUCUCCAGUUGUUUUAUUCUCUUUUUUGCAGGCAAGAGCGAUGGUCCUGAGGCAGCCAGAUGAGAAGCAGGGUCUGUUUUAAGGCUCUUGAGUUUAUAGAACUAGGACAGGUAGGAAGGAAGGACAGGUAGCCAGGUAGGAAGGAAGACCCAGCCUCCUUCCUUAGCAGAGAAGUAGCCCUGUUACUGCGAAAUGAAGGAGAUGUUGUGGCUCUCAGGUGCGCGUGCACACACACACGCUUACUGUAAGAGCAGAAAAGAGUCGAAAUCGGUUUAUUCUGAUUCAGCCCUUCAGUUAACAGAGUUUGAGCAGCAACAGAGGGAUGGCCACUGUCUGUAUCAACCUAGGCUUAAGGGGAGAAUCAGUGUUGCAAAGACAUUGAUUUGAACUUCAAAGGGGAAGUUUGGCAUUGCCAAAACUGUUCGGCGCUAUUACUUCAGUAGACAAGUUACCCUCAGGUUUCUCAACAGCGGUGAGUGGUUGAGCCGUGCUUCAACACACACUGCACCCAAAUGCAGAUAUCUCAUCCUUGCUGAAUACGUUAUUUUGCCCAGAAAGGCACUUCAGAAGUAUAUCUGGAUACGUGAAGAGAGGCAGAACAUUCCGGCACGCGGCAAACGCACAAUAGCCAGAAUAGAGGAACGGAGGAUAAGCUUUAAAACAAAAAACAAAAACAGAAAUCCAGACCAGUUGUUGUGAACGUUGUCUUAAAUAAAUAAUCAUAGGAUUUUUUUUGCAGAGCUUGGACUGGCUAGGUUCUGUACAGUGCAAUCGGAAAUGAAAGGUGGUGGCCAUUUUUUGAGAUGUGGUUUUUUUUGUCAGCAGAUACGUUUUUCCAGUAUUUAUAAUCUUGUGCAUUCAGAUUUAAACUCUGCAAAGCACAGCUUUGCAGAAAGUGAGCGAUGCACUAUCCAGGGGUUAAGUUUGUUUUGCAGCACCUUGUAUUCAGGAAGAUCCAUUAUCUCUUAAGGACUAGAGUCAUCAGUUACGAAUGUGAUAACGGCUAAUGCCAGCUCUUUUCAAAGUUCAAUUAUUUCUUUCACACGGGAGGGUCCCAGCACCAUUGUUUUGGUUGCACGUGUUCGGGCCUUCCUUCCAGAGGUGUUGGACUGCAAAAUCCAUCAUUCACAGCCAAGAUAUCUACUUGCUUUGGUCAGAUAGCUGGCGGGGGGGGUGUUGUAGAUCAGGAUAUCCUGUUCGCCUCCUACAGUAAGGAGCUGACGAAAGAUUUUUCUACACACAUUCACACAACUAUGCUUUUGCAAAGCUUUAAUGAACUUUUUAUUGUACUUGACAAAAAUCUGACAUUAAAGAACUCCUGACUGUAUCUUGCAAGUGCCAGACAUAGGGACAAAGUUCAUUUGCAAUUAUUAGUUAGUCCUCCCCUAACGAAUUCUCGGUCAAUUAAUCCAAGACAUAGGAAAUGCAUGCAUUUCUCUUUUUUUGGGGUGGAUAAAUCCAUUAUACUGUAGUUGUGAUACAACACCUGUGGUUCUUUUUUUUCUACUACACAGACCGACUGUACAGCCACUCCAGAGUGUUGUAAUUUAGCAUGCAGUAUCUACUUCCACAUUUACACUAUAUACUGCAUAUAUUCUUUUCCCUGAAAGUUAAAAAGAAAGAGGAGGGGGGCGGGGGAAAGACUUCGUUUCCUUGAGUUGAUUUAAAAUUUUAUAAACCUGCUUAAUCUGGAACAUUUGGGAAAAGAAGCCAGUUUUUUUUGUCAAUUGUACAACUGCUUGUAAAGCUCAAGUGUGAAUAUUCUUACGUCUGUAUUAGACAUUUUCUUUGCAAAUCUAUUGUUCGAUUAAAAUGUAAAUGAGAUAAAAGAUGGUGUACACCCAUCAUAUAUAAUAAAGCCGAUUCCAUUGCUACGAUGGAUUUAAUGCUCAUUUUUAAUGGUGCAUUCUCAGCUUCUAUUUAAAAA